AUGAGCGUCCAACUUCCCCCCUCGACACAUCGCAAACGCGCCCUGCCCCAGGGCGAACUGGAAGCGGCGUCGACGCUGAAACUCGGCGCGGAUCAGAACACGCAUACACUGUCCUUAUCCGAGGCGCGACUGGUUAUCAACAAGGUAUUGGAGAAUAAGCGGAGGGGAGGCAAGAAAUACGAAGAGCCGGAGAACCUGACCAAAACACUGGACUAUCUUGAGGUGUUUGCCCGAUUCAAGGAUGAGGAGAAUAUCAAAGCGGUGGAACGGCUGCUGAACUCGCAUACGGAGUUGGAGAUGUUUGAGCGAUCACAGCUGGGGAGUCUGUGCUGCGACAAUGCGGAAGAAGCCAAGUCGUUGAUUCCCAGUUUACAGAAUAAGAUCAUGGAUGGGGAUUUGCAGGAGUUGCUGGAUGAGUUGACCAAGUUGCGGAACUUUACUGAAUGA